AUGUUGACUAAUUGUCAGAUCAAUAAUCUUGUUCUGAGAUCACAAGUCGGUUCUGGCGCCUUUGGUUUAGUUUUCCAUGCUAUAGAUAUCGUGUCACAACAGGAAUACGCUAUAAAAGCUGUAUUAAAGACUUCGCCGAAUGACUCGAACAAUUCAACUAAUGACGAAAAGAAACAAAUUAAGAAAAGCACAAUAUUACAAGAUAAAUUAUAUCACUAUUUUAAAGAACAUCAAAAUAGAAUAUAUUUGCCAUCCGUUGAUUUAGAAUCAAUAAAAAACUUGACUGAACAACAAUUAUAUUGCAUACCGCAUUAUAAGGAAAUUAAUUUCCAUUUAAAAGUUCAUGAUCAUGCUAAUAUAGUUACCAUCCACCAAAUCUUAGAAUCUCAAAUUGCUACCUUUAUAGUAAUGGAUUAUUACCCCAUCGAUUUAUUCUCUUCAAUAGUAGAACAUAAACAUUUCUCAAAUGAUGGUUUGUUAGUUAAGAAAGUCUUUUUACAACUUUGUUCAGCUUUAAAUUAUUGUCAUCAACAAAACAUCUAUCAUUGUGAUAUCAAGCCAGAAAAUAUACUAUUAGAUAGAUUCGAUAAUAUUCAUCUUUGUGAUUUCGGGUUGGCUACUUAUUCUUCAUAUUUAGCUCCAAAUACAUGUGUGGGUAGUUCUUACUACAUGGCUCCAGAAAGAGUAUUCUGUAAUGGUAAUGGUAAUGGUAAUAACAACGAUAAUAACGGCAUUUGUAAUGACCAAAAUGUUUGUUCUAGUUUCCCAACUAUUUCAGGAGAUAUUUGGUCAUUAGGUAUAAUAUUGAUCAAUUUAACAUGUAUAAGAAAUCCAUGGUUGAAAGCUCAUCAAUUGGAAGAUAACACAUAUCAUCAUUUCGCUAAAGAUAAUACAAUAUUACAAAAAAUAUUACCAAUCUCUAAUGAAUUUUUCCAAUUACUAUCUAAUAUUUUAAAGAUAAAUCCAUUUGAAAGAUUAACUAUCAAUAGUUUGAUUCAAAACGUGGAGAAUUUGGCAUCAUUUACCGUCGAUGGUCCAUUAUCUUCUGUGCCACAACUAAUACCAAUCUAUGAUAACAACAAUUAUUAUAAUAUCAAUGCUGUUACUCAACCAAAUAACAAUAACUCGUUAUCUUUGAAUGAACUCAUCAACGAUUACGCAGAUGACCCAAAUGAAGAAAAUAAUAGAAAAUGGAAGCAUAUUCAGCUCAUCUUUAGAAGAUACACCAUAUCAAUCCGAAGUUGA